ACUCACUCUCCACUGUGUGACAAAAUUUACAUGUUCUGCCAUUCUCUUCAACUGUGUGAAAACCCACUUUCCACUGUGUGAAAAUCUUGCCAGCCAUGGCCGUCAGCAACAACAUAAUAGCAACCAUAAACUUCAUAGCUCUCAUAUGUUCGAUUCCGAUCAUCUUCACCGGAAUCUGGCUUGCGUCCAAACCCGACAACCAUUGCAUCCGCUCCCUUCCGUGGCCCAUCGUUUUCGUCGGUAUCCUCUUCCUCCUCCUUGCCUUCACCGGUUUUGUCGGGGCCCACUGGAACAAACCGGGCUUAUUGUCCUUCUAUCUGUUCUGCAACGCCGCCCUCAUUGUCACCGGAAUCAUCCUCCUCAUACUUGCCUUCAUCGUCACCCACCCGUCCGGCGCAUUCUCCGUUCCCGGUCGGGAGUAUGACGAGUACCGUUAUAUGGGGUACUCAGAGUGGCUGCGGGAUCAUAUCACGGAUCCUGAAAAUUGGGGAAGUAUAAGGGCGUGUUUGGCUUCGUCCUCGACUUGCACCAAGAUGGUUCGGGAUUCUUACACCGCACCUCAGUUCUUUUCGACCCAUAUCUCCGCUCUUCAGUCAGGAUGUUGCAAGCCACCAACAGUGUGUGGGUAUCAAUACGUGAACCCGAUAACGUGGAUCAAUCCAACGAACCCAAUGGGGGACGUGGAUUGCAUCAUAUGGAACAACGACCCUAACCAACUGUGCUACAACUGUGAUUCAUGUAAAGCGGGUGUGUUGGGAAACCUACGGAAAGAAUGGAAAGAAGCCAACGUGAUACUGAUAAUAGCAGUGAUCGCUCUCAUUUGUCUUUAUCUCAUAGCGUUUAACGCUUACAAGAACUCACAAACCGGAUCCAAGAAGUAAACUACACGUCGAGUGUGUCGUGCUAUGAUGACUUGUACAUCAUUCAUUAGAAGUUGUACACCUAUAAGGUUGUUUUCUUGAAGCUAGUGGUGUGCAUAUAUUCCUUGUGUGCUCUUUUUGUAGACUUCAAUUUAUGCAAUUUUCCUUGACCAUACAAUACAAGAAUCUGC